CUUCUUCUCUCAGUGUUUUGUAUAUAAUAUGGGAAAAGACUACUAUAAAAUACUAGGUGUGUCCAAAGACGCAGACGAUGAUACAAUCAAAAAAGCAUAUCGAAAGCAAGCAUUGAAAUGGCAUCCAGAUCGAAACAAAGAUAACAUGGAAGCUGCCAAGCAAAAGUUCCAAGAGGUCGGCGAAGCCUUUGAAGUACUCAGCGAUAAAGACAAGCGUGCUGUCUAUGAUCAGUUCGGCGAAGAAGGCCUCAAAGGUGGACCACCUCCAAGUUCUGGUGGUGCUGGCGGCGCUGGAGGCUUCCCUGGAGCUGGAGGCUUCGGUGGAUUCCCUGGAGGAGCCGGUGGCCCUGGUGGACAUACAUUUACUUUCACUUCAGGAGGUCCUCGUGGUGCUGGUGGGUACGCCCCAUCCGACGCCGACGAUAUCUUCAAGCACUUCUUUGCCUCUUUCGGAGGCGGAGGUAUGGGCGGUGGCAUGCCUGGUAUGGGUGGUAUGCACGCUGAAGAUGAUAUGGGAGGCGGUAUGCCAGGUGGUAUGCCGGGCGGUGGAUUCGGCGGCUUCUCUAACUUUGGAGGAGGCGGUCGACCUAGAGGCAGUGGCUUCCAAUCUGCUCAACCAAGAGAAAAACCGCCGGCCAUCAAGCGACCUCUCCCAAUCUCAUUGGAGGAUUUAUACACUGGAACCACCAAACGUCUUAAAGUUACUCGCAAAAUCAGAGACGGCGCAACUGGACGUGCUGUCACCACCGACAAAAUAUUGACCAUCAACGUUAAAGCUGGCUGGAAAGCUGGAACCAAAAUCCGGUUUCCCGGCGAAGGCGAUGAACUCGACAAUGGAGAAACUCAAGACAUUGAAUUCAUCGUUGAAGAAAAGCCCCACCCUAUAUUCAAGCGUGAAGGCGAUAACUUGACCAUGGCCGUACAAUUGACAUUGGUCGAGGCUCUGACUGGCUUUGUCAAACAGAUCAAAACUUUGGAUGGUCGCACUCUCAAAAUCAAUAAUACCUCCAAUGUCAUACAACCAGGACAAGAAUCUCGUGUCUCCAACGAAGGAAUGCCAAAUUCAAAAACUGGAAAGAAAGGCGAUCUGAUCAUCAAAUAUGAAGUUAAAUUCCCUGUCACUCUGACUUCGUCUCAGAAAGAAGAGCUCAAGAAAGUCCUUCAAUGAUCGUCUUGUACUGUAUAUAGAUAAUCGAAACUUUUUGUUAUAAAUGUAUCAUACAACCUCCCACAUAUUCAUGAAGAGAAAUUUCAUUUUUUCGGCUUUAUUAUGAAUAAACAAAGUUAUCAAAGAUAUUAUUUAAGUAUGUUAUGAUUUCGGUAAAACGAGGA